UCUAUUGACAGGCAUGCACAGUUUGCCUGAUGGUUGAUAAAAAAAAAUGGUGAAAUUGAAGGGAUGUUGGCAAAUGAUAGAAUUCAAGGGUCUUUUGAAUUGUCCCUGCACAGAACAUUCUAGUGACCACAAAGCAGCGUCAGGAGCGAUUGCUGACGUUUUCCUUUGUGGCUGCUAGGGUGUUCUAGAUUGGCACAAUUAAAAACAACCUCGAUUUGUAUCAUUUGAGAUCCUCCUUCAAGCAACCACACAGCAAAGUCCUGUCUAAGAAUUGUAUAACAACGUCCUUAGCAGUUUACUGUGUUCUUUUGGCUUGGGUUGAUGUAGAAAAGCUUCUCGGUUUCGCACGGGCAAACAUCGUUCACAUUUCCCCUGCCUUUAAAGUCUUCUUGCAGACUCUGCUUCUUGCAGACUCUCUAUCUCACACUCCCUCUCACACACACACACACACACACUCACAGUGCCGUCUCAGGCGUCUCAUAUAGAAAGUGAACAGCAGGCUUGGGGCAGGAUUCGUCUGUAAAGCCCCUGAUACCUCACACAUCAAUAAUCAGCUCUGGGCGGAACUGUCUGUCUGCUCUCUUCCCGUCUCUCUCUUUCUCUGCGCUCUUUAAUGGUGUUUAAUGAAUUUCAUUCCUCGCUGCACCAUAGUAACCGCUCGUCUUCUGUCUCUCUCCCGCUCGCUGUAGGAGGUGGUUUUGUACUGUCUGGAGAAUAAAGUGUGUGACGUGAAUCAUCGGGAUAAUGCGGGUUACUGCGCGCUCCACGAGGCCUGUUCCCGCGGCUGGCUCUCCAUCGUACAGCACUUACUGGAGCACGGGGCCGACAUCAACUGCAGUGCACAGGACGGCACCAGGCCUCUCCACGAUGCUGUGGAAAACGAUCAUCUAGAUGUGGUCCGACUGUUGCUGUCAUACGGCGCCGAUCCAACUUUAGCUACCUAUUCGGGCCGCAGUUUGCUGAAGAUGACCCACAGCGACAUAAUGGAGUCUUUUCUGUCUGAUUACUUUGCUGACCUGCAGGGCAGAGCGGACGAUGACCCCGGCGUGUACUGGGAGUUUUACGGCAGCGCAGUGUGCGAGCCUGCCGAUGACUCGUCUGGUUAUGACAUCCUAGCUAACCCACCUGGACCCGGCGAAGACGAGGAGGAACAGAGAGAAGUUUUUGAGUUUGAAUUUUCCGACCGGCCGCUGCUGCCAUGCUACAACAUCCAGGUUUCUCUCUCGCAAGGACCUAGAAACUGGUUGCUGCUCUCAGACGUUCUCAAGCGCCUGAAGAUGUCUGCCAGAAUGUUUCGCGCCACAUUCACGCACCUCGAGGUAGUGACUAUAGCCGAGGCGGAAUUCUACAAGCAGGCGUCUCUGAGUCAGCUGUUCUCUUGUCCGGAAGAGCUCGAGGGAUUCAUGCCCGACAGCAAGGAACUCUUGGAUCUGGUGGAAAUCAGCGCCGAGCUGGUGGCGCUGCUGGGGUCGUCGCUCGAAUGCUUGGACGACCGCUGGGAGCCAGUAUCCAGACCACGCUCAUGAGCUUCUGAACAUGCACGCACACUCAUACUGACUCUCGGAAGGACCCUUGGAGACCUGUGGUGAACUUAAAGCAAAAGAAAAAGGAUAUUCUGAGGCAGUUCUUGACAUUUCAAGGAACUUCUGGACUGGUAGCCAAAGGCGAAAUUGGGUCCCAGUGCAGCUAAUCUUUCUGUUUGGCUUCGAGAAGGUUUCGGAACAACUCCUUGCGCUCUUCUCGCUUACUAAUUCUCCCGGUGACGAAGCAAACCUGUACAUAGUGUACCGUCUGCAGAUAUGGAAAGAGAACGUACCUGAGAAUUGGACCAAUGUCUCUGGCUAACUCUGAGAUAUGAAGCCAUGCUCGCAACGAAGAACUCUUUCAUUUAAAAGAGAUGUUUUCUAAAUAAGAAUAUAAGUAUAUAUACAGCCACUGUAUUUUAAUUGUGUGUAUUAUAAAUAGAUAUAUAUAAAUAUAUAUAUAUAUAUAAAUAAAUAAAUGUGUUUAUGCGUAUGUGUGUAUUAUAUAUAUUAUAUAUAUUAUAUAUAUAUAUAUAAUAUGCGCUGCCUUUUUUGUCUUGUUUAGUCAGGUCUUUAUUUUAUAAUUGGAGUUACAAUGUUGUAAAUACAUAAUCGGGUUGAAAUGGGGUUUUAAUUGUGAUGUCAACUUUAGAGGUGUACAGAGGCCAGAAGCCCCUUCGGUUCAUCAAGAGUUAAUUAGCGCACUUCAUCAGCGAUGUUCCUCUCCUGGAGUAGAUGUUCUUAUGGUGUUGACCCAGUAACCAGUGUGGGAUUUUUCGGUCUCCCGUGUUAAACUCUAAUCUACAAAGCUGUUUCGUACCCUGUACGCAAGCUGUUGCUUUGACUAAGUCACUUAUUUAUGAGUAGAAAUUAAGAUAUUUUGACGUGGCUUUUCUUUGUAAAAUAUUAAAGUAAUUGUAAAAUACUAACCUGAUGCUUUGUUAGGCAAAGACAUGCUUGAACUUGUAAAUAAUGGGUUGACUAUUUCAGUAACUUGUUUCUGACGUGUGUUAUUAUUGUUUUUUUGGAGAAGUGUUCGGACUUUGUAAUUAUAUACGCUAUCAUUUGUAUUUAUAUUUUACCAAAAAAAGUUCCUUUAAAUAAACGGCAAUAAAAGAUUGUGUACA